AUGUCUAGACCAUUCAAACCACUAGAGAAGAAGACUCCAAAGCAAAAGCAAAAAGAGGAGGAAGAAGCUCGGAGAUUGAGAGAUGAAGAAGAGCUCGGACAAGUGUACUCUGAAUUCGUCGCUACUUUUGAUACUUCAAAGACAGGACCCAAGACUUGGGUGAAAGGAAGCACAAUCCAACCAACUCCCUUAUAUCAACCUGAAGAUGUUCAUCAAAUGGCUACUGCUCCUCCUGCUCCAAAGACUCUAUAUCGACCACAACAACGAUUCGUCUCGGCUGCUUCAAAUAUUGUCGAGCCUGCAAAAGAACAAGUUGAGGAAAAGACAAUGGAUGCUCCUCGCUUGGGUAGAAAACGAGAUCUUGAUACCUUUCUUGAAGAGCUGAAGAAGGAACAAGAAGAUAGGGAUGUUAGAUUACGACAUAAGCAUGCUCGACUGUCUGGAGCUGAUGCACCUAUGGCCCUGUAUGCAGCAUUCGAAGACGGUCAAGGUUCGCACGAUACAGGAGACCCGCAUACGACAAAUUUAUACAUUGGUAAUAUCAACCCAAUCACGACCGAAGAAGAUCUAUGUAAACUCUUUGCUGUGUAUGGACCGAUCGCUUCCAUCAAAAUCAUGCAUCCACGAACACAAGUGGAGAUUGAUCGUGGUCGAAAUACUGGAUUUGUGUCAUUCAUGACUCGACAAGACGCUGCUACAGCAUUGAAGGAAUGUGACGGGAGAGAAGUGUCUGGCUUUCAAAUCAAAUUGGGGUGGGGUAAACCUAUACCGUUGCCUGCACAGCCUAUUUAUGUUCACGGAAAGACAACAGGAACCACAAUGAAAACAGGAUUACCAUUCAAUGCCCAGCUACCAUCAGCAUCAAAAGUAUUCGCAUCGGGAACGACAAUGACCCAAAACAAACGUCCCGAAGUCAGAGUCUCUCGCCCCAAUGAUGAUGAGAUUGUUAUGCUUAUCCAUCGUAUGGUUGAACGAGUGAUUAAACAUGGUCCCAUGUUUGAAGCCAUGAUUAUGGAUCGGGAAUUGCAAAAUCCAAAGUUUGCAUUCUUGUUUCAGAAUGAUAGCGCAGAGCAUAUAUACUAUCGCUGGAGACUCUAUUCCAUACUUCAAGGAGAUGCCAAGAACGUGUGGCCAACCGAGACCUUCCAAAUGUUUGAUGAAGGGCCUGUUUGGACACCUCCUGAGAUUCCCUUUGAUGAUUCGGCUAUCGACUUGGAUGAUUUGUCUGAUGAAUCAGAUGCUUCAGAGGGUCGCGAUGGUGUCAAAAGACGUAAACCCGUCCCAGGCAUAGCCAAGGGAACACUAUCACGCACCCAUAGAGUCCGUCUAGAAGCUCAUUUACGUCGGCUUACAUUCGAACGAGGCACGAUAGCUAGAGCCAUGGUGUUUUGUAUAGAUCAUGCAGAUGCAGCAGAUGAGAUUGCCGAUAUAAUAGUAAGCUCUCUUGUCAUCCCAGCCACACCAGUCUUCCCAAACAAGAUUGCUCGACUAUAUCUCGUAUCGGAUGUCUUACAUAAUUCAGGAACCCCAUUACCGAAUGUAUGGAAGUUUAGAAAUGCAUUCGAGACUCGCCUAGCACCCGUAUUUGAGCAUCUAGCUAGUGUUUGGCAAACCAUAUCGGCACGGUUACGAGCUGAACAGAUGCGUCGAGCCGUUAUAAGUAUCUUGGGAGUAUGGGAAACCUGGCUUAUAUUCUCUAGUGACUAUAUACAGAGUCUAAAGGCCAAAUUCAGUGAAUCUAGUAGCAAAGCUUCCGUUGAAGACAGUCUUGCUGAGAGACUUCAACAGCAACGGGAAUCUCAUACUGGUGCUUAUGGAUUGGAUGAGAGUGUUGAUGAUUAUGGUGUGCUUGGUGGUAGUAAACAGCCUGCGAUCUCUCAUGCUUACGGUGCAUUUGCUCCUGUUGAGGGUGGAGAUGAUGAGGAUGUUGAUGGUAUUCCGAUGGAUAUGGCUAGCGGUACCAAUACGUCGGGUGCUCUCAAUAACUUUAAGCCUGUUGGAGAGGACGAUGAUGAUGAGGAUGUUGAUGGAGUGCCGUUUGUUGCGAUCAAAUGA